AUGCUUCUAAUUUUAUAAAUGAGGUUGAUGUUGAAGUGCCAGUCACGAUGGGAAGGAAUGAAGAAAACACUGUUAAUUGUCUUGCAAAUGACUUUUAGUCUGAAGAAAACGACCUAUAUUUGUCAGCAUGUAGAAUAAAAGUUGUUGGGUUUGAAGCUUCUGAGAUGCGGAAGAUUGUAAAUAUGAUUCUCAGAGGUGGAGGCUCCCGAUACAUGGUUUUCAAUGACAAAUUAACACACAUAAUAGUUGGAGAUUCGUCAGAAAUGGAGAAAAAGGAGGUUAGAGAUAUUGCUACUUCAGGAGUUGUUCAUGUGGUUAGAUCCAACUGGCUUGAAGAGUGUGACCGUCAGAAGAAGGAGAUCCCUAUUCUUGGUAGACACAUGGCAUAUGAUGAACUUAUUCCUAAAGCAUCUAGUAAAAUGAGCACCAUUGUUAUGGAUCAAAAUAAAGUUCCAAAUGUUCAUCCAAUCGUGCCAUCAAAUGUGUCAGAAGGAAAUAUUCAUGUUAGCAUUGGAAAGACGUCAAUAGCAGUGGAAAGAAUUGAAGAAAAAAGUGAAACAAAAGUGAAUGGAGACAGGAAAAUGAAAUUAUCCCAGAAAAGCCAACAAUGUGUAGCAAAUGGUACAAACAAGAGUUGAGAAAAGAUGGGGCGUGAUUUCAUGGUUUCAAAUGGGAAGUCAUCAUGUGUAUUUAAGGGGAAAAUAUUUUGUUUUUCUAGUUCCUUUCCAGAAGAUCGGAGAGCUGAAAUUGUUGAAUGGAUAAAUCAAGGGGGAGGCGAGGUUGUUGAAGAUCACAUGAAGCAGAAAGUGCACUUCACUGUUGAAUGUCAUGGUGGGAUACCAAGGAGUACAGACGUUCAUAGUACUUAUGUGUCAAGUCAUCGGGUUCGAUCAUGUUUAGAGGAUGGAUGUUUGUGGGAUACCAAUGGGCACAUUUUCUAUUCUCCUCUUCCUUGCUGUGUCCCUUUGCCUGGAUUUGAAAACAUACGGUUUUGUGUUUCACAAUAUGAUGACAAAGACAGAGUAUUGUUAAGAAAUCUGUGUUUUGUACUUGGGGCCAAGUUUGUGGAGAAGCUGACAAAGAAGGUAACCCAUCUAAUAUGCAAGUUCACCGAUGGGACAAAGUAUGAGGCUGCUUGUAAAUGGGGGAAACAAUGCAUUACAGCUGAAUGGAUAUAUGAGUGUGUCAGCCAGAUUUUCCCGCCAGACUGUUCGCUUGUUGGUCAAGACCAUUCAGAAACUUCUCCAAUUGGUGCUUUAUCUAACCAGUGGUCAAAAAGAGCUGAAAGAAAAGAAGAUGUGGGCAAUUCUACUACUGAAGAUGGGACUGUGGGCAUAUGUGACGGCUUUAGUGAAACACAAACAGAGUCUCAGGAUGGAUGUUUGUGGGAUACCAAUGGGCACAUUCUCUAUUCUCCUCUUCCUUGCUGUGUCCCUUUGCCUGGAUUUGAAAACAUACGAUUUUGUGUUUCACAAUAUGAUGAUAAAGACAGAGUAUUGUUAAGAAAUCUGUGUUUUGUACUUGGGGCCAAGUUUGUGGAGAAGCUGACAAAGAAGGUAACCCAUCUAAUAUGCAAGUUCACCGAUGGGACAAAGUUUGAGGCUGCUUGUAAAUGGGGCAAACAAUGCAUUACAGCUGAAUGGAUAUAUGAGUGUGUCAGCCAGAGAAAGAUUGUCUCUCUUGAUUUGUAUCGCCCAAAAGAAGUUAAAGCUCAAGACAGAGCGACAGGCUUAUGCACUGUCAGCCAAUUUCCUACUCAAGCUGCCCCAAUGAUAGCCAAUGAAAGCAUAUCCCAGUUUCCUAUCCAUUCUGCCAUUCCGAGAGACCAAUCAGCUGGAACUAACAGUAGCUUUAUAGGAGCAGCUGAACGAAUAAGUUCUACGAAGAAAAGCGCAAGUUCUUUGACGAAGCCAUAGAAAAGCAUUCACUUUUGUUGGAAACAGAUCCACUCAAUCUGACUGCAUUUUGAAUUCCACAAAACAAACUACAUCAAAUUCUUCUGUAGUAACUUCACACGUUCCUGAUGUCGCUUCCGCAAUUGAGGACUUGUUGGAGCAGACAACUAAGAUUCAAGAUCAGAAGUCACCUGGAAAGACUGGCUGCGAUAAAAGUCAGACUGUUCGCUUGUUGGUCAAGACCAUUCAGAAACUUCUCCAAUUGGUGCUUUAUCUAACCAGUGGUCAAAAAGGUAAUUUUUGCCGUUGUCUCCUUGAUCUUCUUAUGGAAAGACCAUGCUGAAUUGAAGUGUUUAACAAGAACGGUCGCUGCCUGGAAAUAUAGUGAGACCAUUCAACGAAGUCGUUAUGAAAGAGUUUAUUUUCACUAUAAGAGAAAUAUUUUUUUUAUA